AGCAGCAGCAGCAGCAGCAGCAGCGUAUGGCACCCCACGGCGCACGGAUCAGUGGCGGACACAUGGCCGGAGAUGCAGGAGGACCCAUGGGUGGGAUGGCUGGUAUGCCCGGAAUGGGUGGCAUGGGAGGACUAGGGGGUCUGGGAGGCCUGAGCGGGAUGGGAGGAAUGGGUAGCAUUAACAACCUCCACGGUGUGAACAUGGGUUCAUUAUCAAAAAAGAAGAUGAAAAAGGUCCCUAUGCCCAUGAUCAAGGAUAAGAACUGUCCGAAACGUCCAAGGAAUUCGUACAUCUUUUUCACGCUCAUGAAGAGGGAUGAUAUUAAAAAAAAGCACCCAGAAUUCAAGCCGACCGAAAUCACAAAGAUGCUGGGGGAAGAGUGGCAAAAGCUGUCCGAGUCCGAAAAAGAGUCCUAUGGAUCCAUGGCUGAGAACGACAAGAAGAGAUACCAGUCUGAAAUGGAGGCAUACGACGCCUCUAAUACCGGCGGCCCAACGCCCAGUGGGGCCGGAGGAGGUGGCACUGGAUCAGGGCUGAUAGAUAGUAUGGGCUGGCGGAUGUGAACCACCCUGCCUUUGAAGAGUAUACAUAAAAAAAAAAAAAAGCCGGCAACGUAAGGUUAUUUCGUGC